AUGCGGCUAUUUGUUAAAGCAGCUUUAUUUCAAGAUGUUGUAGUAUUUCAAGAUGUAAUUAAAAAAGAGGCAACGCUUUAUAGCACGCUGCUAAAUAAGCUUAUGGAUUACUCUGACAAUUUGUGGUGUGGCAAGUGCUACUAUAGUCGUGAUAAUUUGUUUGUUAUGCAAAAUAUUGAAGAUCUGGGCUAUGCGCAGCUGCCUGAGGACACGCGAUUUUUAAGCGAGCAACAGUUAUAUCCUUUGCUCAAAUCCUUGGCUACGCUGCAUGCCAGCAGCAUUGCCUAUGAGCGACGUCAGCAGACAACAAUUGCUGUUGAAUUCAAGGACUGUCUGCAGGAGUUUUCCAUAGAUCCAGAGAUACCUUGGUGGCAAACAGGCAUUAAGGCUGUGCUCGCUGUAGCUGCCACACAUCCUUUGGUAGCUAAGGAUCUGCAAGCUCAAGUUUAUAUAGCUCAGGAGCUGCCAAAACAUUUGACUGCUGCCAGUCAAAUGGUAAAUCCGUCGACUAAACAUCGCAAUGUCUUUCUACAUCGCGACAGCUGGUUGGGCAACGUUUUCUUUCACAAAUCCCAAUCAGAACUGUGCUGUGUUCUGGUGGACUUUCAGCUCUGUCGCUAUGCACCACCAGCUAUUGAUUUUCUAAUGGCUACACAUUUCAAUCUGGAGCCCGCUUUGCAGAGAGAGUUGCAACCGCGUUUGGUUGCCUAUUACUAUGAAAACUUGCAACAGCAGUUGCAAGCAAUGCAAAUUGUGCCAGCUGAGGAGCAACUAAGUCGAGCUGAGUUCGAGCAGAGCCUGCAGGACUUGGCGUUAUUUGGCGUGGUGUACAAUUGCGUGGUAGCCACUGUGCUGCAUUUACCCAAGGAUUAUUUAAAGAAUUUGAAACAGCACAGCCCUGAGGAAUUUCAACACUUUAGCUUUGUGGAUCGCACGGAAAGCAUUUUGAGCUUAAUGCGCGAGCAUGCGGACUACAAGCGUUAUAUGUAUGACUGCUUAGAGGAUCUAUUGGCAUUGACUUACUGCAAACAGAAUAAAAAAUAA